AUGGUUCAUAAAACCAACGCCUACGCCAAACCGAAGGAGGGGCUUUCCAGCCAGUUGCCAGUUGCAGUCCACCAAGACCACAGACCGCGACUGGCUGGUGCCAGUUCCAUAAAAAUGGCCGUCAACAUCAUCGCGCCCGCCACCGCCCGCCUCCGCGGUUGCGAGGACGAUGGCCUUGUCUGCCUCGAGACUGAGGAUGGCGCCGCCUAUCAAGGCUACAGCUUCGGUGCCAAGAAGUCCAUUGCUGGAGAGCUCGUCUUUCAAACCGGCAUGGUUGGCUACCCAGAGUCGGUCACCGACCCUUCCUACCGUGGACAGAUCCUCGUUAUUACCUUCCCCUUGGUUGGUAACUACGGUGUGCCCUCGCGCGAGACCGUCGACGAGCUCCUUGGCGAUCUGCCCGCCCACUUCGAGUCUGCCCAGAUCCAUGUUGCUGCUCUGGUUGUCGCCUCGUACUGCGGCGAGGACUACUCCCACUUCCUCGCCCAGUCCUCCCUCGGCUCCUGGCUCAAGGAGCAGGGUGUUCCCGCCAUGUACGGCGUCGACACUCGCGCUUUGACUAAGAAGAUCCGCGAAAAGGGUAGCAUGCUCGGAAAGUUUCGCCUCGAGAUUUCUGGCACUGCCAAUGGCACUGCCAGCGACGAGCGCACUCACACCACCCUCGACGCUUUUGAGAAGAUCGAAUGGUCCAACCCCAACGUCGACAAUCUUGUUGCUCAGGUAUCCGUCAAGACCCCCAAGCUCUACAAGCCCCACGCUUCUUCUGUGCGCAAGCACCCCUCCGGCCGCGCCAUUCGUGUCCUGUGCGUCGACGUCGGUAUGAAGUACAACCAGUUGCGCUGCUUCCUCAAGCGCGGAGUUGAGGUCAUGGUCUGUCCUUGGGACUACGAUCUGACCAAGGCCGCCGGCGAAGAGUACGACGGUCUCUUCAUCUCCAACGGUCCCGGUGACCCCGCGGUCCUCGAAACCACCGUCAAGAACAUUUCUGCUGUCAUGCAAAAGAACAAGACUCCCGUUUUUGGUAUCUGCUUGGGUCAUCAGCUCCUGGCUCGUGCCUCCGGUGCUGCCACCAAGAAGAUGAAGUUUGGCAACAGAGGCCACAAUAUUCCCUGCACGAGUCUCGUCUCGGGCAAGUGCCACAUUACUUCUCAGAACCACGGGUUUGCCGUCGACGCCGAGACUCUACCUACUGACUGGAAAGAGCUCUUUGUCAACGCCAACGACGGUAGCAACGAGGGUAUUAUGCACGUGGGCAAACCCUACUUCAGUGUCCAGUUUCACCCUGAGAGCACUCCUGGCCCUCGCGACACCGAAUUCCUCUUUGACGUCUUUAUCAACACAAUGGCCAGCUGUGCCGAGAACCCAUCCCUCCUGCAGUCUCCUGUCAGCUUCCCUGGCGGCGCUAUCGAGGAGAACGAGAGACUCCACCCCCGCGUCUCGGUCAAGAAAGUUCUUGUUCUUGGUUCUGGUGGUCUUAGCAUCGGCCAGGCCGGUGAGUUCGACUACUCUGGUAGUCAGGCUAUCAAGGCUCUCAAGGAAGAGGGCAUUUACACCGUCCUCAUCAAUCCUAAUAUCGCCACCAUCCAGACCUCCCGGGGCUUGGCUGAUAAGGUCUAUUUCCUGCCCGUCAACGCCGAGUUUGUCCGCAAGGUCAUCAAGUACGAGCACCCUGACGCCAUUUACUGCACAUUCGGUGGCCAAACUGCUCUGCAGGUCGGUAUCCAGCUCAAGGACGAGUUCGAAGCGCUUGGCGUCAAGGUUUUGGGUACACCAAUUGAUACAAUCAUCACUACCGAGGACCGUGAGCUUUUUGCUCGCAGCAUGGAGUCCAUUGGCGAAAAGUGUGCCAAGUCUGCCUCCGCCAAUAAUAUUGACGAGGCGCUCGCUGCUGUCAGGGAUAUUGGGUUUCCUGUCAUUGUCCGCGCCGCCUAUGCACUUGGUGGUCUAGGCAGUGGUUUUGCCAACAAUGAACAAGAACUUCUUGAUCUCUGCCACAAGGCCUUCGCCGCCAGUCCCCAGGUUCUGGUAGAGCGCAGUAUGAAGGGUUGGAAGGAAAUCGAGUACGAGGUUGUCCGCGACGCCCAGGACAAUUGUAUUACUGUUUGCAACAUGGAAAACUUUGACCCUCUUGGUAUUCACACCGGUGAUUCCAUUGUCGUUGCACCUUCACAAACUCUCUCCGAUGAGGACUACAACAUGCUUCGCACCACUGCCGUCAAUGUCAUUCGCCACCUAGGCGUUGUCGUCAACGCCCGUCUGUCGCGUUCUUCUGCACUGGCCUCGAAGGCCACCGGCUACCCUCUGGCGUUUAUUGCCGCCAAGCUUGGUCUCGGCAUCCCUCUCAAGGAGAUCAAGAACUCCGUCACCAAGGUCACCUGCGCCUGUUUUGAGCCUUCUCUCGACUAUGUCGUUGUCAAAAUGCCUCGCUGGGACUUGAAGAAGUUCACCCGUGUCUCUACUCAGCUUGGAUCUUCUAUGAAGAGUGUUGGUGAGGUCAUGAGUAUUGGCCGCACCUUCGAGGAAGCCAUUCAGAAGGCUAUUCGCUCUAUUGACUUCCAUAAUCUUGGAUUCAACGAGACCAAGGCUCUCAUGGCCAUUGAUGAUGAGCUACAGACCCCCUCUGACCAGCGUCUCUUUGCCAUCGCCAAUGCUAUGCACCAGGGGUACACUGUCGAUAAGAUUUGGGAGCUGACCAACAUCGACAAGUGGUUCCUCCGCAAGCUCAAGGGUCUGAGCGACUUUGGCAAGAACUUGUCUCAAUAUACUGCAGCGGACUUCGCCAAGGCCCCCUCUCUGCUUCUCCAGGCCAAGAGACUUGGUUUCUCCGACUCUCAGGUCGCCAAGUUUGUUAGCUCCAACGAGAUGGCCAUUCGCAGACUCCGACUCGAUGCUGGUAUCCACCCAUUCGUCAAGCAGAUUGACACUGUUGCUGCCGAGUUCCCUGCUUUCACAAACUACCUGUACCUGACGUACAACGCCUCUGAGCACGACGUUAGCUUUGAUGAUCAUGGUAUUAUGGUUCUUGGCUCUGGUGUCUACAGAAUCGGUUCGUCAGUUGAGUUUGAUUGGUGCUCUGUCCGCGCCAUUCGCACCCUGCGCGCCACUGGCUUCAAGACUGUCAUGGUGAAUUACAACCCUGAGACCGUAUCAACAGAUUACGAUGAGGCCGAUAGGCUUUACUUUGAAAACAUUAAUCUGGAGACUGUUCUCGAUAUUUACGGCCUUGAGAGUGCCUCUGGUGUUUUGGGUGCCAUGGGUGGCCAGACCCCCAACAACAUCGCCCUUCCCCUCUACCGCGCCGGCGUCAAGAUCCUGGGCACAUCCCCCGAAAUGAUUGACAAUGCUGAGAACCGAUACAAGUUCUCUCGUAUGCUGGACCGCAUUGGUGUCGAUCAGCCUACCUGGAAGGAGCUUACCAGCUUCUCAGAGGCGAAGGCUUUCUGUGACAAAGUCUCGUACCCGGUUCUUGUCCGUCCUUCAUACGUGCUUUCUGGCGCUGCCAUGAACACUGUCUACUCCGAGAAGGAUCUGGAGUCGUAUCUCGCUCAGGCUGUCGAAGUUUCUCGUGACCACCCUGUUGUCAUUACCAAGUACAUUGAGAAUGCCAAGGAAAUUGAAAUGGAUGCUGUUGCCAAGGACGGCAUUGUUGUUGGUCAUUUCAUCUCCGAGCACGUUGAGAACGCUGGCGUCCACUCUGGUGACGCGACCCUGAUUCUGCCCCCUCAAGAUCUUGAGCCUACCACUAUUGCCCGCAUUGAGGAUGCUACCCGCAAGAUUGGUGCCGCUUUGAACGUAACUGGUCCUUUCAACAUCCAGUUUAUUGCAAAGGACAACGAUAUCAAGGUCAUUGAGUGCAAUGUUCGGGCAUCUCGAUCGUUUCCCUUCGUCUCCAAGGUCAUGGGCGUCGAUCUGAUUGAAAUGGCCACCAAGGCUAUCACUGGCCAGCCCUUCCAGGAGUACCCCCCCACUGACCUCGCCCCCAACACCGUCGGUGUCAAGGUUCCUCAGUUCAGUUUCUCGCGUCUUUCUGGUGCCGACCCCGUGUUGGGUGUGGAAAUGGCUUCCACAGGCGAAGUUGCUUGCUUCGGCGUUGACAAGAAUGAGGCCUACCUCAAGGCUUUGCUUUCCACUGGCUUCAAAAUUCCCAAGAGGAACAUUCUCCUGUCCAUUGGUUCCUUCAAGGACAAGAAGGAAAUGCUGCCGUCUGUGCAGAAGCUCCAGCGUCUCGGAUACAAGCUCUUUGCCACGGCUGGUACCGCUGAUUUCCUCCAGGAACACGGCGUUCCCGUCCAAUACCUCGAGGUUCUGGGCAACGACGAGGACAGAAACUCCGAGUUCUCUCUGUCUCAGCAUCUUGCAAACAACAUGAUCGAUCUGUACAUCAACCUGCCAUCAAGCAACAAGUAUCGCCGUCCUGCCAACUAUGUCAGCAAGGGCUACCAGACUCGUCGCAUGGCUGUCGACUACCAAGUUCCUCUGGUUACCAAUGUCAAGAACGCCAAGAUUCUCAUUGAGGCCAUUGCCCGCUCUUUCGAGCUCAAUAUUUCGGGACGCGAUUUUCAGACUAGCCAUCACACUGUUGUUUUCCCUGGCUUGAUCAACAUCGCUGCGUUUGUUCCUGGCAUCGUUUCUCCUCACAGUGCUGAUAUCCAGACCGUCAGCAAGGCCUCCAUUGUCGCUGGUUUCAGCAUGAUUCGCCUUAUGCCUCUUGGGGUUGACGGCUCCAUCACUGACGCCAUUACGCUGAAGGUUGCUCAGCAGAACAGCGCUGCUGGCGGACACUGCGACUACAACUUCUCCAUCUCUGCCACCAGCAACAAUGCUGAGCAGAUUAGCACUGUCAUAGGAGAGGUAGGCUCACUGUUCAUCCCUUUUAACCAUCUGUCUGGUUCGGGUAACAUCAGCAAGGUCGCUGCUAUGACCGCCCACUUUGACGCCUGGCCCACCAACAAGCCCAUGGUCACUGACGCCAAGUUCACUGACCUCGCCUCAAUUCUGCUGCUUGCCAGUCUUCACAGUAGACGCAUUCAUGUCACAUCUGUUUCCACCAAGGAUGACAUCCGCCUGAUCUCUCUCAGCAAGGCCAAGGGUCUCCAGGUUACCUGUGAUGUCUCUAUCUACUCGAUGUUCCUCUCCCAGAAGGACUUUCCCACUGCCGACUUCCUCCCUACCACCGAGGAUCAAGCCGCUCUCUGGGAGAAUCUGGAGACCAUUGAUGUCUUUUCUGUUGGCAGCCUGCCUUACCAGCUGGCUACCUCGCUGGGCCAUAAGGGUGAUCCUUCCAUGGGGAUUUCUGAGGCUCUUCCGCUGCUGCUUACGGCUGUCACCGAGGGUAAGCUCACUAUUGAUGACAUCAAGGCUCGUCUAUACACCAACCCCAAGGAGAUUUUCGAGCUUCACGAGCAGACUGGUACCGCCGUCGAGGUUGAGGUUGACCGUGCUUUUGAGGUUGCCAAAGGCUCUUUCUGGUCUCCUCUGGAGGGCCGCCGUCUGCAUGGCUCUGUUCGCCGUGUCACCUUCCAGAACGCCACUCCCUGCUUGGAUGGCGAGGGCCUGAAUGUUCCUCCCACUGGCAAGGACAUGUCCUCGCACAUGAUGGUCCCCCAGACCCCUGCCAUGAAACCCGCUACUGCUGCGGUCUCGGUGGAGAGCCCCAAGGCUCGCCAGCAGGCUGCCUUCGGUACUCUCCGGCCUAUAGGCCGCCUUCGCGGCAUCACGUCCCCUCAGGCUCUGCCUGCUCUGGGCCCUCGUGGAGCAAUCGAGGAUCUUGGUCUGCCCCUGCAGGUCCAGCCUGCCACUAGCACCUCGUUGCAGAAGCUCUUGGCGCAGCCUUCCACUUUUAGAAACGCGCACGUGCUCUCUGUCAAGCAGUACUCGCGAGCUGAUCUUCACCUUCUGUUCACCGUGGCCCAGGAAAUGAGACUUGGCGUGCAGCGCGACGGUGUUCUGAACCUUCUUGGUGGUCGUGUUCUGUGCAACCUGUUCUAUGAGCCCUCCACCCGAACGUCGGCUUCCUUUGACGCUGCUAUGCAGCGUCUUGGCGGGCGAACCAUCAACAUUGAUACUUCCCAGUCUUCCGUCAAGAAGGGUGAGUCUCUGCAGGAUACACUCCGCACGCUGGCUUGCUACGGCGACGCAAUUGUUUUGCGCCACCCUGAGGAGAACUCUGUCAACAUUGCUGCGAAGUACUGCCCAGUCCCCGUUGUCAACGGUGGCAACGGCAGCAAGGAGCACCCCACCCAAGCUUUCCUGGAUCUGUUCGCCAUCCGUGAGGAGCUCGGUACUGUCCAGGGCCUGACCAUUACCUUCCUGGGUGAUCUCCUUUACGGCAGACCCGUGCACUCCCUGGUCUACCUCCUCCAGCACUACCAGGUCCAGGUGCAGCUCGUUGCCCCCAAAGGUCUGGAGCUGCCCGCCAAGAUCCGCGACCAGCUCGUUGCCUCCGGUCAGCUUCUGUGUGAGUCCGAGACUCUUACCCCCGAGAUUUUGGCCCGCAGUGACGUCCUUUACUGUACACGUGUGCAGCGUGAGCGCUUUGAUAGCGACGAAAAGUACCAGCAGGUCAAGAAUUCGUACUGCGUGGACAAUGCAACUCUGAAGAGCGCCAAGAGCACCACGGUUGUCCUGCACCCGCUGCCACGCAAUGAGGAGGUUGCCGAGGAGGUUGACUUUGAUCAGCGCGCGGCGUACUUUAGACAGGUAAGUCUGGAUAACGACUCUCCGUUAAACUCAUAUGCUAACCUUAUCCUCACAGAUGAGAUAUGGCCUUUACUGUCGGAUGGCACUGCUGGCUUUGGUCAUGGCCGGCUCUUGAGACAAGCUGUAUAUUAG